GCCGUGCCUCCAUCACGGUUCCACCACGUAACACCACAAAAGUGGUGAAUCAAAAGGCAGAGUUCAUCUGUGAAGCUAAGGCACUGCCAACCAAUCUAACUCACCGCUGGUUUUACAACAACAUCGAAAUUUCUCAAUUGUCUUGGCUUGAAACUCGUACCUUAGUUCGGCGUGAUGGCACGUUGUUUAUUAAUCCCACAUCGGCAGAAGACUCGGGCAAGUACACUUGUGAGGUUUCAAAUGGUAUCGGCGAACCAGAGACGGCCUCUGCUUAUCUCAGUGUGGAAUAUCCAGCUCGUGUGGUCCAUUCACCAAGCCCUCAGUAUCUUCCACUUGGAAAUCCUGGCAUGGUAAUUUGUGACGUCAAGUCUAAUCCACCAUUUCAGUUUGUUACUUGGACUAAGGACAGCACACCAUACCAAGUUGAUGAACACCAUGGCGUGAUUAGUCUAAAGAAUGGAUCCCUACUGAUCCAAAGAGUAAGCCAUGUUCACCAAGGAAUGUACAGGUGCACACCGUACAACAUUCAUGGAACAGCCGGCACAUCUAGCAGAAUGGAAGUAUUUGUACGAGAGCCUCCCAUGUUCACAAUAAAACCAAAUGGAAUCUAUCAGAGUCUUCUAGGCUCUGAAAUUACCAUACCUUGUGAUGGUAGAGGACAACCUAAACCUGUUAUUAUGUGGAGAAGAAUGUGGCUUGACAGGAACAACAUGACUAUCGGGGUCCAAAUACCACCUCCUUGUCCAGAAAUCCAUCUCUUCGUAGAUGCUUCUCUCCACGGAUGUGGUGCUUUACUUCAGGGGCAGGAAUUCCAGGAUAUUUGGACAGACUAUGAAUCUACCUUGCAUAUCAACAUUUUCAAACUUCUUGCGAGUUUAGUGGAUAUUUCAGGAAUGCCACAUGCCCCUACCAAUGUCACAGUGAACACAAGUGCUUCCACUGCUACCCUCUCUUGGCUUCCAGCAUAUGAUGGGAGAUACCCACAGUCAUAUAUUAUUUGUUACCGCGUUGCUAACGAAGGAGCAAAUCCUUGGCGUACAAUGAGUGUCCCAGAUGGUGCUACUACUUUUACUUUAUAUCGUCUGGAUCCAGACACUGAGUAUGAAUUCAGAGUACAAUCUAGAAAUGCUCUUGGAAAAGGCAUGUACAGUGCAGUUAUUAGAGCCAAAACUAGUACAGAAGACUUUUUAGGAAAUUCUUCUACACCUACUACUGAUAAUGGUGCUCCUCCCAAUGGCCCUGUACAAAAGCCUUUGGGCCCCAAACCAUUUUCGCCAGAAGAUAUCAUAGUCAAGAAAAGAGCUGAUGGGGUGCUCAUUUUGUGGAAACCACCAUUUGACCAAACAAUCCCUGUGGCCUUUUAUUAUGUGGAAUAUCGUGUUGAAUCAGAACCAUGGAAACGUUGGGGACCUAUCAAAGAUAGAACUUCUUAUUUAGCAAAGAAGGUUCCCCCUGGUACGUACAAGUUCCGGGUAUGGGCUUAUUCCAAUAAAGAAAUAGGCUCACCUAGUCCUGAAAUUUCUUUGACUAUUGAAGGUGUCAGCCCUGAAGUCACAAAAAGCCGGGCUAUUACUGCUGGAGUGGUAGGAGGAAUCUUGUUUCUCAUAGCAGCCAUCGUUUUAUCUGUGUGUGCAGUCAAAAUAUGCAAUAAAAGAAAGCGACGAAAAGCUGAAAAAGCUUAUAUGAUGGUUACAUGUCCAGUUACAGAUGCCAGGAAUGGGGGUCAUUCUCAUGGGGGAAGCCCUUCACCUCUGAAAAAGUCCCCAUGUCAUCAAAGAAGAACAAAAGCUAGUGAAGAAGGAUGUACCAUUGGUAGAAACGACAGUAUUGCAACAACAGGAGGGUCAAGCAGAUUUGUUUGUGAGAGAAUCAAAUGAACACGGAGAGCAAAGAAGAGGCUCGAACACAAAUGUAAACCAAAGAAACAAAGUCUUUACUUGUACACACACACACACACAAAGUCUUUGGUAUUUACAUAUAACAGAAGUUUUCUGGAUGGUGUCAGUGUUGUUUUGACUGUGCAAAAGACAGAAAAAUUGUCUAUAAUACAUUGGUAAGUCAGACUAAAGUCUUACAUUAAAAACAUCUUUGAACAUUCCCAUUUUACAUGUUCAAGAGGAGUUGAAUUCCCAACUCACAACUUGUACAAAGCUUUGCACCAUCCUUUAAACCUCAAGGGAGGAAUGACACAGAAGCAUUUCCUAGCAAAUAUAAGCUCUAUGAAAGAGCCAGUUUGAUAAGUAACCUUAUUGGUUUAGGAUUUUCACAUCCUGUUCACAAAAACAUUAAGUAAAUACAGAACACUUGCACGAAAAGUAUUGAAAUAUUAACUUUAUUUAGAUUAUGUGCAUGAUACUAACUCAAGAAGAAGGCUUUUAUACAAGUCUUUGGUGAUUAUGGUGCUCAACUCGUAAUUUCUGGAUCAAAACAUCGCCAACGGUGCCCACUCUUUCAGCAGGACAGAAUAAUCUGAUGGUCCAUCCCACUAUUCAUAUGUAAAGUGUAGCCCAAGAAUAAGUGGUGGGUGGAGUUAACUAGUUGCCUUCCCUCUAAUCUGUCAC